CCACCUUCUCGGCUUUGAAAGUUGCAUCCCUUCUUCUUGCACAAUUAUUUCUUCACUGCACAUACUAUGCCUUUCAACACCGUUCCUCAUCUCGUCGGCCGGUCCAUCGUCAACGGCAGGCUCAUCCUCGUCGCUGUCCUCGGGGCUGGCAACUUCGGGCAGGUAUACAAGGCUCGCAACAUGGCGGCCACCAAUGAUUCUUCUCUUUAUUUCGUGGUUAAAUGUAUCGGGAUUGACGGUUCGAAAAGGGCUACAGCGGUCAGCAAGGAAAUCGCCUUGCAUGGUUCUGUCCCUAGACAUCCCAACGUCGUCACGUACCGUGCUACGUGGGUCGAGGAGGACUAUGUCUUCAUGAUCAUGGACUACUGCCCCGGUGGCGACCUGUACAAGGCGAUCUGUGAAAAGAAGGUAUUUUAUCGCAACGACUCACUGGUGAAGCAGGUCUUCCUUCAGGUCAUCGAUGCCGUGCAGCAUUGCCACGCCAAUCAAGUAUUCCAUCGGGACAUCAAGCCUGAGAAUAUUCUCUGUUCUAAAGACGGGACGCAGGUAUUCCUUGCUGACUUUGGUCUAGCGACGUGCGAAGAUGACCACAAGUUCCGCAAGGCGGGCACCCUGCCAUACAAGAGUCCUGAAUGCCUGGGCGAGGAUUUUAGAUCGCCCACCUACUCGACGAGGGCCAGCGACGUCUGGGCUCUAGGUGUUCUCCUCCUCAAUAUGAUAGUCGGGCUCAAUCCUUGGCUCGCCGCAAAGAUUUCAGAUCCAUGCUUCAAUCACUUCCUCUGCAAUUCUGAUUAUUUCCUCAAAAUAUUUCGCAUCACGCCCUCCGUCAACCAAGUUCUGCUGCGCAUCUUCGAACUACGAUCUUCGAAACGCAUCACUCUUCCUGAACUCCGUGACGAGAUCAGAAAAAUCGAUAGGUUCUUUCUCACUGAUGCGGAACACUUGUCAAUGGUCCUCCAAGAGACAAGGAAGUCGAUCAAUCUUUCGGUCUCUCAACGACGUCUCAUCCCCGCGCCCCGCCCAUUGGUCUAGGUUUGGGUAUCGACCUCAGCUUGCUUGUGCAGCCGUUUCUGAAAUUCUUCAAAGCUCACCUUCCGUCCCGUGUCAGCAAUUCACUGUGCAGCUGCAGCUGCUCAUGAUGACUCGGGCUCGUGCGACUGUUGGUGUGCUUUGCUCGUGGUGCUUUGGCGUUAUUUUCUAUUUCCUUCCUUAGCUUUCUGUGUUUUGUUUCAUAUCUCUUGGACUUGGUUGAUUGGCUUUCGGACAGACGUUUUUGAUUUCUUUCUCCUUGCAUUUCGUCUACUCUUGAAUUUGGACUUUUCUUUUUUGUUUCUCCGAUCUAUCUUGGACCGGUUUUGGAUGUUACAUGUACUCGUCUCUUUCUUGCUUUCAUCAUCAUUUCUCACUCUCCUCUUCAUUGGACUUUGUCUAUACUUUAGCUUUCAUGGACUAUUUUUCUUCGGACCCUGUUUUUUCUUUCUUUCUCCUACCCCCCCCCCCCCCUUUUUUUUUU